AUGCCACCUAGUGCAGGACCUGCCUGUGCAACGUGUCGUGCUAAAUCCCGACGAUGCGAUCGCGGCCGACCCAUUUGCAGACGUUGUAUCACCAAGGGAUUGCAAUGUGGGGGAUAUCCCGACAAGUUUCGCUUCUGUGGUCUGGCCAGUCGAGGCAAGUGGAAGGACAGAGAUGCACCGACCGGCGACCAGGAAUAUCCGUCUUCGAACAAUUCCCUCCCCUUACGAGACCGAAGGGGUAGCCAAAAGGAAUCCGCCGAAAAACAGGGGACAAGAACUGAAAGGGAGGACGUCACUCAGGAAGGCGAUUUUCCUGGUAGUCUUCCAACCAUAGCAACUCCGGAUUCUACGGACAAUAUGCCCUAUCAGGGCCUGAGUAUUUCUCCAUCGCCACAGAGUCUCACAUCCGAUGAUCAGUCCCAGAUUGACAAAAUCCUUGUCUCAACGGAAACAGAAACAUUGCUCACUCAUUAUGAUAAUGUGAUAUGCCCUCAUCAGAUAGCACAGUAUACUGACAGCAAUGAUAAUCCAUACCGAAUUUAUGUGUUACCGCUAGCUUACGAGCAUAUUGGUCUACUGUAUGCCGUUCUUGCACUGUCAGCAUGCCAUCUAGGCCGGCUAAAAGGUGACCAACAUCUUUGUGAGUCAGUAGCGGUGAAUUAUCGACUUCAAGCGAUAACGGCACUAGGUGCUGCUAUUAGAAAAGGAUUUACAGUGAGAUUUGAUGAUGAUGAGUUGGAUAGUGUGUUUGCCACCAUCCAAACACUCCUCCUUUACGACAUCUGCGAAUCAGGUAUUUCGGAACACGGUGCUCACAUUUCAGGAGCCAUGUCCAUUUGCUCGCAGCUGAUGCUGAGUCACCGCUUGACUAAUGAGCAUGAGCGAACGGUCUUCUUCCUAGGUAAUCUGGUUUGGUUGGAUAUUGUGCGUGCAUUUGCGGCACCUGAACGAUUAUGCUUCACUCAGGACCUUCGUGAAAGGCUAGUAUCCUUGGGCAACUUGAAGUUUGAGGCAGUUAAUGGUUGUCCUAGAGAACUAGUUCUUCUCAUUGGUGACUUAUUAGAGCACGCAAAAAGGCAUGCAAGUGGUAAUCUGGGAUUACAACAAUAUGUGGAUAUCGUCCAAAGCUCAAUUCAAAAGCUGUAUCUUUGGGAUAGCUCACUCUGUAUUUAUCCUAAUGAUGACCCUCUCUGGCCAUUAGUCGGUGAAGCAUUCCGGCACGCCUGUAUCCUGCGUGCGCUACGCCUCCUCGACGUUACUGAACCUGCCGAAACACCACGAAUACAGGACUCCGUCAUUGCAAUCUUAAAUGCUGUAUCUAAGGUGCCAGCUGAGAGCCCAUUGAUAGAGCUCAUGGUACUCCCCAUUUUCAUGGCCGGCGUGGAUUGCAUUUUGCCGUACUCGCAGCAUUACAUUCUAAUACGAAUAGCGGAUAUUAAAGCAAGAUCCGAGAUGAGUAACAUGGCAUCAAUGCAGUUGCUGGAGAGAGUUUGGAAGGAGCGAGAGAAAACACAAAAGUGUGAUGAUCAGACUAAUGUUUCUUGGAUGUCCUUCACAUACGACAAUGAAUUAAUGCAUCAACAUGACUAUCUGAUAAUAUAA